AUCCCACUCACCUGGUACUCCAAAGACCGCAUAACAGCCACUUGCUUCAUCCUGCCUGUGCAUUAGCUGGGGCUUUUCCUCUUUCCUCAGCAGGACUCAAAGAUGCCGCAGUUACUGCGAAACAUUAAUGGGAUCAUCGAAGCCUUCAGGCGCUAUGCCAGGAUGGAGGGCGAUUGUGCAGUGUUGGAAAGAGGGGAGCUCAAAAGGCUCCUGGAGAAAGAGUUCGCUGAUGUCAUCGUGAAACCCCAUGAUCCGGCCACUGUGGAUGAAGUCCUGCGCCUGCUGGACGAAGAUGACACAGGGACAGUGGAAUUCAAGGAAUUCUUGGUCUUAGUGUUCAAAGUCGCCCAGGCCUGUUUCGAGACACUGAGUGAGGGUCCUGAGGGAGCAUGUGGAUCUCAGGAGUCUGGCCGUGGUGCCCCUGCAGCCACCCAAGAGCCAGGGGCAGGACAGAGAAGCAGCACUGCAGUGGGAAGGCCUGGGAACAGACAAGGCCCAACAGGGAGCAGCGACUCACAGAGUGAGCAGCCUUCCAGGGGGCCAGGAGGGCCUGGGCCUCAGACCCAGGGUCAGGACAUCAGCUCUGCUCAGGUCAGUCACCAAGACAGGCAGUCUGAGUCCCAGAGACAGGAGGGAGUGAGCCAGUCUACACAAGCAAGGGGCCACGUGGAGCAGGCCCAGAGAAUGCAAGAAGACAAGAGUCCUCAGACCAGAGAGAGGGGGACAGAGAGACAGCCGCAGGCCAGCAACCAGGACAGAGCCCACCAGACAAGUGAGACCGUCACUGGAACCACAACUCAGACCGGGACAAGUGCCACUCAGGCCGUGGAGCAGGACAGGAGCCAUCAGACAGGAAGCGCCAGCACCCAGCCAGGGGAGUCCACCGGAGGGACUGAGACCCACAGUCAAGAUGGGAGGCAGACAAGCCAAGUGGUGACAGGAGGACACAUUCAGGCAGAGACAAGGCCACAAACCCAGAUACACACUCAUACCACGGAGCAGGACAGGAGCCAUCAGACAGGAAGCACCAGCACCCAGCCACGGGAGUCCACCGGAGGGACUGAGGCCCACAGUCAAGGUGGGAGGCAGACAAGCCAAGGGGUGACAGGAGGACACAUUCAGGCAGAGACAAGGCCACAAACCCAGACACACACUCAUACCAUGGAGCAGGACAGGAGCCAUCAGACAGGAAGCACCAGCACCCAGCCACAGGAGUCCACCGGAGGGACUGAGACCCACAGUCAGACAAGCCAAGUGGUGACAGGAGGAUACAUUCAGGCAGAGACAACGCCACAAACCCAGAUACACACUCAUACCACGGAGCAGGACAGGAGCCAUCAGACAGGAAGCACCAGCACCCAGCCACGGGAGUCCACUGGAGGGACUGAGGCCCACAGUCAAGGUGGGAGGCAGACAAGCCAAGUGGUGACAGGAGGACACAUUCAGACACAGACAAGGUCACAAACCCAGACAGUGGAACAAAAUAGGAGCCAGCAGACUGGAAGCACCAGCACCCAGCCACAGGAGUCCACCAGAGGGACUGAGACCCACAGUCAGACAAGCCAAGUGGUGACAGGAGGAUACAUUCAGGCAGAGACAAGGUCACAAACCCAGACACACACUCAUACCACGGAGCAGGACAGGAGUCAUCAGACAGGAAGUGCCAGCACCCAGCCACGGGAGUCCACCAGAGGGACUGAGGCCCACAGUCAAGGUGGGAGGCAGACAAGCCAAGGGGUGACAGGACACAUUCAGGCAGAGACAAGGCCACAAACCCAGACACACAUUCGUACCACAGAGCAGGACAGGGGCCAUCAGACAGGAAGUGUCAGCACACAACCACAGGAGUCCACCCGUGGCCAGGCCAGAGGGACUGAGACUCACAGUCAAGACAGGUAUCAGACAAGGCAGGUUGUGACAGGAGGACACAUUCAGACACAGCCAGGUUCACAAACCCAGACACACACUCAGACCAGGGAGCUUGACAGGAGCCAUCAGAGAGGAAACACUAGCAUCCAGUCACAGGAGUCCAUCAGAGGCACUGAGGCCCACAGUCAAGACGGCUCUCAGUCGAGACAGGUUGUGACAGGAGGACACAUUCAGACACAGGGAGGUGGCCCCCAGGCCGUGGAACAGGACAGGGGCCAGAUUACAAGGCACACUGGGGCAGGAGAACAGGGCCAGCCCCAGAGGCAGUCAGGCAGUAGUCAAAGACAGACACAGGUGAGCAACUGCGAGGCAGGAGAGACAGUGCUGGGAGGGCAGGCCCAGACUGGGGCAAGCACUGUGACGGGCAGGCAGGACAGAAGCAGUACUCACCCACCAUCCAGUGCGACAGGAGGCCAGGGAGAAAGAGAUCCCACCGUGGUUCAUCAGGAGUGGGUUGAUGACCACACGAGGGAGACAGUGAUCCGAAGGCAGGACCAGGGCAGCCUGCACGCUAGCGUCCCUUCAGCACAAGGCCGGGAUGCAGCCCCGCCAGACGGGAAGCGAGGACUCACAGCCAGGGGACUGUAUUCCUACUUCAAAAGCAGCAAGCCAUGAGUGCCCCAGCCCUGGACUCCAGUGCCCAGCACAGAGAAGAGCAGAGGGCAGUUGGCUUGCUGUGCCCUGGCCAGUCCGGUUAGCAAGUCCCUGAACAUUAGCUCUUCAUCGUGGUACUUCUCUCUUAGCUCUUUCUCAGUGAGGCCAUUUCUGCAAGGUGAUUGCUAUCCUUAAUUUUUCUCUCUUACCUCCUUUGCUGAGCAGGGGCAAGAAGACAUGCAACAACUCAUCCCUUUGUGCCACGUUUUCCUUAGCUUGUGGGGGGGUUCGGUUACUUUUAUAGAUUCUGCUGUCUGUCCAUUGCCUCAUCUAUCCUAACACAUCAAUAAAAGCUUCCUAAGCAACUGGGCUUCAUGUUCCAUUCAAUUACUAUUAACAUGAUGGGCUAAAGACUACAGGGCCUUGAUGACAGGACUUUGGUGAUGAACUGGACGUGGUCCCUACCCUUGUAGAAUAUCUGGUUGAGAAAACACUGUGCAAGAUUCCACAAGUUAUGCAGCCACUAUGGAAAAGAGUAUGGAGAUUCCUUAAAAAACUAAA